AUGGAUGAUGAACUGGAUUUUGACUUUGACAUGAUGGAUCAGGAUAGUCCCCCGAAGGCAUUGGACCACGUUCCUGAUGAUUAUGAUAGUUUUGAUGACGAAUUUGAAGCCAGAAAUGAGAAUUUGACGAAAAAGAAGAUUUUGAAUAGGUAUUCAGAGAUUCAGAAAGAAUCUGAAAUGAUCGAUCAAGUGGCGAAGGAGAUUCGGACCCUGAUGCUCAUUUGUCAAAAAAUGGAGCAAUGUUACAGUAAGAGAAUAUCGGAAAAUUGCGUUGUUCGCAGUUUUGUGGAGGCGAGAUACAUGUUCAAUGAAUCACUCCUUCUCAUCAUCACAAUUUCCAAUGAAAGCGAAUAUGACAUAGAUGGAUGGAGUCUAUGCGUGCAAUGCGAAUCGCUGAAUGACACGAUGCCGGUGAAUUUAAGCCAAGCGAUUCAACUGGAAUUGAUUCCUUCGAAAAUUUUGAAAUCGUUUGAGUUGAGCAUUGCCUCAAAAUCGAUUCGAAACCUUCCCGUUUUGAUACAGUUGAAGUUGUUCAAAAGGUUCGAGUUCGACGGCGCUGAAAAGCUAUUUCGAAUCCCGCUAGAUCCAUUUGUCGCCAGUUUAUGGAGCCUUGCUCAAAUCCAUAAAGAUUGUAGCAGAAUCACGGCAACAAAUUUCGAUUUUGCUCUUCGCAUUCCACACCCGUUGAUUGAUCUACUCUGCGGAUGUCCGGACACGAUUUCAACGACGAAUGUUUUUCGCGCGUUUUUGCCGACAUCGAUAACUCAGAAUUUGCAGAAUGUCGAAGAGCUGAAUUUGUCAUUUCCCACGGGACCAUCGAAAUGGGAAUUCGCGAGAAUGCGAGUGACGCGUGAAUCGACAUAUUACACGGUGACUAUUGCAACGGAGACAUCGAAAUUCGUUGCGCAAUUGAGAAAUCAACUCAAAUUGUGGCUGAUUGUCGAAAUGUCGAAGUUCAAGUCGAGACCCGUCAAUGCGAUGGCGGUGUUGCCCGAACUGGGCGACGUCGAUGAGAUAAUGACGUCUGCUUUUGUCGUUGGAGCUACCGGCGCUGUCGGAUCUCAAUUAGUGAAGCUUUUGGCGGAAUGCGAAAAAUUCUCGAAGGUUGUCAUAUUUGCGAGAAGAGAAGUUGAGGGUGCGAAUGGUGACAAAUUUAUUCAAGAAACUGUCGAUUUUGAAAAAAUCUCCGAAGAAUCGGAAGCUGUCAAGGACAUCGACGUCGCGUUCUGCGCUCUCGGAACCACUCGGGCCAAAUCGGGAGCGGAUGGAUUCUACAAAGUCGAUCAUGAUUAUGUGCUGAAUAGCGCGAAACUCGCCAAGGAUAAUGGAGUCAAAAGCUUCGUGCUGAUCUCGUCUGUCGGAGCCAAUGAGAACUCGAUGUUCCUUUAUCCGAAGACCAAGGGACAAGUUGAGCGUGAGAUCACCGAACUGGGUUUCGAGAAAUUUGUGAUCAUCAGACCGGGAAUGAUCGAGGCGAAAAGAGAAGAGCCACGAUUCAUUGAGGGAGUAAUGAACUUCAUUCUGAAGCCCGCGAAAAUGGUGUGCAAUAGCAUUGGAAGUACCUCCACCCAAAUAGCACAAGCCAUGAUAAUGGCAGCGAGAACCGAAGAAACCGGAACAUUGAUCUGGAAUAAUGCAAAAAUCAUCGAGGAAGCGAAAAAGUUUGAAGCUAACUAA